AAAUAAACGGAACAAAACAGAAUCCACAAAAAACAAACCGAGAAGAAAUAAGAGGGAAUUAGAGCAUCUGAAAAAACAAUAUUACAGGAAAAAAGAGAGAGAAACAGAGAGAACUAAGAAGAAGAAAUGGCCACCAUUAGAGUCCCAGAUGUUGUUCCUUCUCCAGACCAAGAUUGUGAAACUCUGAAGAACGCUUUCAAGGGAUGGGGAACGGAUGAGAAGGCCAUUGUAAGAGUUUUGGGACGAAGAAAUGCGAGUCAGAGAAGGAAAAUCAAGGAGACAUACAGAGAGAUUUACAACAAAGAUCUCAUUGAUGAGCUCUUCUCCGAGUUGUCUGGUGAUUUCUUGAAAGCUGUGACUCUAUGGACGUAUGAUCCAGCGGAGAGGGAUGCCAGGCUGGCAAACGAGGCGUUGAAGGUGAAAAAGAAAGGCAUAAAGCAUCUGAAACCGAUAGUGGAGAUCGCCUGCACGAAUUCUCCAAACCAUCUGAUUGCUGUGAGGCAGGCUUACUGUUCUCUCUUUGAGUCCUCCAUCGAAGAAGACAUUGCAGCCUCCGUGCCUCUUCCCCUUGCAAAGGUCCUGGUGAGUUUGUUCAGUUCAUACAGAUAUGACAAAGAGAGUGAUACAGAAGUAGCUGAUAAAGAGGCAGUUAUGCUACAUGAAGGAAUUGAAAACAAGCGACUAGAUCACGACCAGAUCAUGUACAUACUCGGAACCCGGAACUUCUAUCAGCUCAGAUCGACUUUCGAUGCAUAUAAGCAAAAAUACGGGAACAUGAUCGCCAAGGACAUUGACAGAUGCCUCGGGGAUGCGGAUCUGAGAUCUGUUUUGCAGAUGGCUGUCUUGUGCAUAGAUUGCCCAGAGAAACACUUUGCAAAGGUUAUAAGAGAAUCCAUCGAGGGUUUUGGAACAGACGAAGAUUCGCUGACGAGGGCGAUCGUGGCACGAGCUGAGAUCGACAUGAUGAAGGUACGAGGAGAGUAUUUCGACAUGUACAAGACAAGCGUGGACAACGAAGUCAGUGGCGAUACAUCUGGAGAUUACAAGGACUUCCUCAUGACCUUACUUGGAUCCAAAAUCUGAUGUUUCUUUGGUGUUUUGCCAGUUUGGCCUCUUGAACCUUUGCUUACAUAUCCUGUCUUGUCUUGUAAUUGAUGUAAUAUAAACGUCACGUUUCUUUAGAUAUGCAUGGAAGACAGACUUGCCCCAAACAAAUGACAUGGUAUGUUUCAUUCGUCUUA